AUUGGCCCUUUUUUUCCCCUCUCAGAAUCUGACCACCACAUUUCAUCAGCUGUCUCUUCUCCCGAGCGAGGCUGGAAAAAUAAAUGUUGGACGCAGUGAAUAUUUUAAUGGACACAAUAAACCGAAUUCCUGCCGGGAAUAGGAAGUGGCUGUGAACCUGCAGAUGGACCGAGGAGUGGGAGUCAAAGGCGGGGAGGCUUCACACUGACUGCAGCCUGACUCCCUGUGGCUGCGGCUCCUCCAGACUUCCAGGAUCAUCCGCUGGGAUAAAGCUGGGAAAUUAAAGUCUUCAGACUGGGUCCAGAGUUUUCUGGUGAGUGUCACAUUGACAGCCUUAACAACGUGUUCAGAUCUGGUUCCACGCGUAAAGAUACUCAGGUUUUUUUUUUCUUUCUUUCUUUUUUACUAAACACACGUGCGUUUUGGGUUCCUUCAAGUGUGUGCGCCGUUUUCUCACACAGCCUGAUUGGAUGCGGUGGGCUGUGUGGGGGCAUGGUGCGUUCCUGCCUUAUUUGUAACCCAGCAACUGUGCCGGCGAAUGAGCAGUUGAACAAAUCCUGUUAAUGACACCGCUGCUGGAUGUGAGCAGCUCCGUGUGCGCAGACCGCUGCAGCCGUUGGAGCUGCAGAAAGUCCGGUUCCGCGCUGGUGUUGACUGGUUUCGGUUGGAAUUAAACAUUGUGACUUUAAUUGUGACGGAAGCCCCACCGAGGACGGACCAACACUGGAGUUUUUCCCCCCCAGAGUGUCGUUUGUCCUCCAGGUAUGGAUUUUGACACGCUGGAGUCCCGUGUGCGCAGGCGCGCCCCCACGUCUCCUCCUUCUACCUGAGGGGAGCGCACCUUGAUCCAACGAGACGGAAGUUUUGUGUGAAAAGAAGACGGCGAAUCUUUGUUACCACUCCGCCGCGGAAAGUUGGUUCGCAUUGCAGGCGAGAAGUGAUUAGAGCUCCGGUCAGAUCGAGAUGCCAUGCGGUGGACUGUAGAGGAGAAGUUUAAAGGGCUUUUCCAAGCGUAACCUGCGGUGGUUCAGCAACUCAUGCCUGCUCUCCAGUGAAGAAUGACGGCUCUCCGCAGACUGCUCCGGCGGAGGCUGCACCCACUUAAACUGGUGGUCGUGGCCCUCGUCUUUGUCACUUUUGUGUUCCUCAUACAAUGGGAAGUGGGGAGCCAAAGCCACCAAGAGGAGCCCUGGCUGAAGGAGAUGGCAGUGAAGCGGGACGCCAUGUUGGGCAUAGUGAUGGGAGCUGUCAAUAAUUUCAGGGACGCCAUGCCAAAAAUGCAGAUCAGAGCCCCCGUGCGUCUGUCGGACACCGGGGGAGACGGCACCUCCUGCAGGCAGGGUCACUACACCGUCGCCGAGCUGAGGCCGGCCCUGGAGCGGCCGCCGCAGAACCCCCUGGCUCCUGGAGCGGCCGGGAAACCCUUUCAUACAAACUCACUGAGUCCCGAGGAGCAGAAGGAGAAGGAGAGGGGCGAGGAGAAGCACUGCUUUAACCUGUACGCCAGUGACCGCAUCUCACUGAGCAGAGACCUGGGCGCGGACACCAGACCAUCAGAAAAGAACAGCAGAGAUCUCAGAGGAAGUAACGACUGUCAGCCAAUCAGCGCUAACCUCCAUCUGUCAGUGGUUCUGAUAUGUAUUGAACAAACCUUCAAGCGCUGCCCCCCCCUGCCGACCACCAGUGUGAUAAUUGUGUUCCACAACGAGGCCUGGACUACUCUGCUGAGGACGGUGUACAGUGUCCUCCACACCUCUCCUGCCAUUCUGCUCAAGGAGAUCAUCCUGGUGGACGACGCCAGCGUCGACGAUAUCUUAAAGGAUGAGCUGGACGACUAUUUAAAGCAGCUCAGCAUCGUACGAGUCGUCCGCCAGCGAGAGAGGAAAGGCCUCAUCACCGCUCGACUGCUCGGCGCCUCUGUUGCCAGCGGCGACACCCUCACCUUUCUGGACGCGCACUGUGAAUGCUAUCAGGGAUGGCUGGAGCCUCUGCUGGCGAGAAUAGCAGAGAACUACACUGCAGUAGUCAGUCCUGACAUAACCACUAUUGAUCUGAAUACCUUUGAGUUCAUGAAGCCGUCCCCGUACGGUCAGAACCACAACCGGGGAAACUUUGACUGGAGUCUGGCUUUCGGCUGGGAGAGUCUUCCAGAUCACGAGAGACGGAGACGAAGAGAUGAAACCUACCCUAUUAAGACGCCCACAUUUGCCGGAGGACUCUUCUCCAUUUCUAAGGACUAUUUUUAUCAAAUUGGAAGCUACGACGAGGAAAUGGAGAUCUGGGGUGGAGAGAAUAUUGAGAUGUCCUUUAGGGUGUGGCAGUGCGGGGGGCAGCUGGAGAUCAUCCCUUGCUCCAUCGUCGGCCAUGUUUUCCGCACCAAGAGCCCCCACACCUUCCCUAAGGGCACACAGGUGAUCGCUCGCAACCAGGUACGACUGGCCGAGGUGUGGAUGGACGAGUACAAGGAGAUCUUCUACCGGCGGAACCAGCAAGCUGCGCAGAUGUCGAAGGAUAGGACGUUUGGAGACAUUUCCAAACGGCUGGAGUUUCGGACGAGGCUGCAGUGCAAAAGCUUCUCCUGGUAUUUGAAGAACAUUUACCCAGAGGCCUUCAUGCCUGAUCUGAACCCGCUCCGAUUUGGCUCUGUGAAAAAUGUGGGCAGAGAUUCCUGUCUGGACGCUGGAGAGAACAAUGAGGGAGGUAAAGAGCUGAUCAUGUACCCGUGUCACGGACAGGGAGGGAACCAGUAUUUCGAGUACUCCACACACUACGAGAUCAGACACAACAUUCAGAAGGAGCUGUGUUUGCACGGCUCCGAUGGCUCUCUGAAGCUGGAACUCUGCCAGUACAAAGGGGGAGGCUCCGGCGUAGGAGAGGAGCAAAAGUGGGAGCUAAAAGACAACCAGUUAUUCUACAUGCCAGGACUGAAUCUGUGUCUGACUGCACGCCUUGUGCAUCCCUCCCUCGCCACCUGCAAUCCCUCAGACAGAUACCAGCUCUGGUUCUUUGUCUGAGUGCGGGAACUACCACAGUAGGAGUAGCUAAUCUGUAUGCACAGACAUACUAGGUCAAUGAGUACGCCCUACCAUAUGCAGCUAAUUCUGUCCUUUUUUUUAAGUAUAAGGACAAGGAGUUUUUUUUAAUUUUUUUUGUUGUUUUUUUUUUAACAUACGGUAGAAGAACUGAACUAAUGCUGCUGCUGAACAGUCUGGACUCUGACAGAAAUACAGUGUCUCACUGCAAGAAGGAAGCUCUGAAAAAUAAUGCCAACAACAACAAGUGCCUAUUUUAUAUUUUUAAACUUUUUCACCAUGCUGCCUUCACAUUCAACACGACCAGUAUUAGGUACAGCAUAACAAGCCAAAAUUCCACACUUUGUUUUAGGAAACAGAUAACAACCCUUAGACAUAUAUAUAUAUAUAGAUAGAUAGCAGGAUUUAAUUUGUUUUUAAAUUUCUACCUCCUCCAUUGGCAGGUUAUGGCCGUAUUUUAGAUAUACUUUGAUAGUUAAUUUUUUUUUUUUAAAUCAGCUGAAAAAAAUUAUAAUUAACUGUGUCCCGGUGUAACUCAAUAACCACAUAUUUGAAAAAACUAACACUCGUAUUAAGCCUCCAAUAAACAUUUUAAAUUGCAUUUUGUGGCAAAAUCAGAAUAGUGAAUCUAACUAAGAAUUCCACAGAAAUUUUCAUAUUUGGAAUAGUGAAGCGGUUAUUAUAAUUUGACUUUGUUUAUACAUUGGUAUUGCAACAAAAUAAUAACCACAAGAAAAAGAAAAAAAAAACUUGGAGCAAAGUCCUUGAAAAUGCAUUGUAGUUCCCAACUGAAGUGACUGUGAUCAUUAAUUUAUGUUAGCAGCUAUUAGCUCACUGCCUUUUUACAAGUUAAUUAUAAAUAAGUAUUUGUUAUUGUACACUAGUUGUGCAAUAAGUAUGUUCUUCACAAAUACUCACCAGAUGUCACUCUGCUACACAGUGACAGUUUAUCAGUGUCGCUAUGUAGCCUUGACAUGCUAAUGUCUAUUGACAUCACGCUAAGCUAAUGCUUAUGAAUCUGCAAACGCAGAUUCCGCCAAAUACCCAUUAAAAAAAAAUUCCAUAUUUCACCAAAGAAAAUCCCACAUAAAACAUAUGUUUUGUCCCUUUUUUUUAUAUAAAAGAAAAAUGAGAGAAUACUUAGAUUUUUCUUCCUUGAAUGUAAUAUUCUCAGUGGGAACACUGGUUGAUGGUUGGGGGAUGGUGGUGGAACACAGUAGGUGAUGGUAUUGUGAAGUCGAUGCAAUUUUCUGCCAAGACAGAAAAUGACAGAGGGCAGUGCUGGGGUCAGACAUGUCCGUAAAUUCGGGUAGUUUAACUUUGAUAUAUUUAUUUCUUAAGAUUCCAUUUUAUUUUUUAUUUUUUUUAAUCUUUUAACCCAUAAACAGUUACUAUACAGAUGGAUGUGUACGGCAAAUUCGUUUUUUUUUUGGAUGCACACUUGGUUUUUAUUGUGAGUUGACCUCAAACAAUAGUUACUGCACUCACCAGCAAUUACCUGCAGUCAAGUAUCAAGUGCUUUAACUGUUACUAUUCUUGGCAGUGUUUCAUGUUAUUUAAAUUUUUAUUUUUAUGUCUUGAACACUUCCACCUAGUGCUCUUAAAAAUCCUCUGUUCAGACGUCUAAAUUCUGUUCCUUUAUGCAAGCAAAAAUCCACAAAUGAAUGUCUGGUGCAGGCACUGGUGUUUAGAUGGAAGUGAAAAGUUUUUUUUGUUGUUGUUGUUUGUUUGUUUUUUUGUAACCAGUCGGGGAUUAUUGAAAGGUCGGAUUUUUUAGUGUUUUCCUUAAAUGGAAACUGUUUUGUGCCUUGAUAUUCUAAGGUUCUUCUGAGCUCAAUAAAGUCUCUUGACAGAG